AUCGGGUAGCCUCAAUUCAAAAAUCCCUCACAUUCGAACUCCUCCCCUUAUGAACUGCAUAUGGACGCCGUAGAAAGAGAGAACUUGGACAGACAAAAACGCUGGGCGAAGGAGCAAAAGGUUGGAGAAGGAGCUUAUGCAGUGGUAUACCGAGGAAGAGAAUUCUCUACUGGUCGGAGAGUGGCUAUCAAGAAGAUCAAGGUCGGGCAGUUUAAGGAUGGGCUGGAUAUGUCUGCGAUCCGUGAAGUCAAGUAUCUACGUGAACUGAAACAUCGGAAUGUUAUUGAGCUAUUGGACGUCUUCUCAAAUAAAACAAACCUCAAUCUCGUCUUGGAAUUCCUUGAUUCGGAUUUAGAAAUGAUAAUCAAAGACCGCUCACUUGUGUUUCUUCCUGCGGAUAUUAAGAGUUGGAUGGCGAUGACUUUCAGGGGACUGGAAUUCUGCCACCGGAAUUUCAUCCUGCAUAGGGAUCUCAAACCAAACAACCUCCUCAUCGCCUCCGACGGCCACCUCAAAAUCGCAGAUUUCGGUCUCGCCCGCGAUUUCGCCGACCCAGGUUUCAAAAUGACUUGUCAAGUAAUCACUCGAUGGUACCGCCCCCCAGAACUGUUAUUCGGAGCACGAUACUACAGCUCCGCCGUCGAUAUAUGGUCGGUUGGUUGUAUAUUCGCGGAACUCAUGUUGCGCACGCCUUAUCUCGCGGGAGAAAGCGAUAUGGAUCAGCUGAAGACGAUAUUUCGGGCGUUGGGGACACCGACUGAGCAGGAGUGGCCGGGUCAUACGAAACUACCAGACUACGUCCCGGUGGGGCAAUUCCCCAAAACACCUCUACGAGAUCUGUUCACGGCCGCGUCAACGGAUACUUUGAAUUUGUUAAGCAAAUGUUUGUUGUAUGAACCCCGGAAGCGGGUUUCUGCUGCAGAGGCUCUCCAACACCCCUACUUCUACGCCAUCCCCCACCCUACCCAUCCUUUGAAAUUACCGAAAUGCACGACACAGAUGGCGCCGCGGCCUUUAGGCGAGGUCGAUGGCAAUGUUGAUGUGGAUAUGACGGGUUCCGGUGGUACCUCUGGUGCAGGCGUCAAAUCAGGUGCACCCAACAACACGAACAAAGGGAGGCUGAAACGCAAGAUAACCUCACCGAUGGAGGGGGCAGACGGGGAUAUGAGUGCGCGGACGAGGUCGAUUGCGCGGAAGUUGGAUUUUACGAAGGAGAGGUAUGUGAAGAGUCCGUAGUUUGUGGUUUGAGAGUCUGUGGUUUGUGGUUUGAGAGUCCGUAGUCCGUGGUUCGAGGGCACUGGGAGGGUUUGGGGGGUUCGUGGGCCCUGGGAAGCCCUGGGAGUGGUAGGGGAGAUUUUUUAAAAUGAUACUCAUAAUGGAAGGGAUCAUGAAUUGUGUUUAUGGGCUUUGGAAUUGUCGCGUCUUCGGCUCUUUGUUCAUGUACAUAUGUGUACAUCAUAGUUCGUGCUACUUGCAUGCAAUACGCAAUAUGCGACAUGCAAUAUAAAUCAAGCUUGAAACCUUGAAACCCUUGAAACCUCAGAAACCUUCAACCUUGAACCUUCAACCCGAAAUUCCCUCCUUCCCUCCUUCCCUCCUUCCCUCCUUCUCUC